GCUCGUGGCCUUAACACAACUGUUGCUUUGGUGGGCUCCAAUGGUUGAAAGAAGUUAGAACGCGCAUCAGUUGACUGAUAACAGCGGCAGGAUUCAAACAGGUUGUCGGAAAAAUAUUACUUGUGUGAGGCAAAAUUCCGUUUGUUUGGCUAAUAAUAAUUAACUGAAGAAAGAAGUAAAAACAAAACGGCAAAAAGCGCGGCAAACUUUUACUUCCGUGAAUUUGUAGUGAAAUAUAAAAAAAGUGAAGAAAAAAAAUUUAUAAAAACCUUGUGUAUUUUUUUAAAGAAUUGUGCAUGUUUAAAAAUAGCAGCAUUGCUAAAAGCUUUUAUGUGUGUUACAAAUUAUUGAAGGAUGAAUAUCAUCCUCGACAACGGCACAGGGGCGCAUACAAUAGAUGUCUGCAGUAUUGAUUGGUCUCAGGUGUUUGAAGUGGACACAGCGGCUAACAACAUGUACACACAUACAGUUACUAGCGCGUAACGGAUAAGUGCAAGAAGAAAGGACAUCUUCAGCAACACUAACAAGGAGAUUACAUUUCCAGUAUGUAUAUAGUAUGUGUGCAAUGGUCUCAAUAUUAAACCAGUAGAUAGUGAAGAGGCUCUAUGCAAAUUGUGACUCUAAUUGGUCCAUUGUAAAUAAAAAAUAGUAUCUGUGGCGCGAGACAAAGUACUCCUUUAUUCAAUCAGCAUUAAAAAAGGAAUGGCGAUGGCAAAUAUUGAUUAUGAUUUUUUGAUGAAAUUUCUUGCACUCGGAGAUUCUGGAGUGGGCAAAACAAGUUUUCUAUAUCAGUAUACUGAUGGGCAAUUUCAUUCACAAUUUAUAUCAACGGUGGGAAUUGAUUUCCGGGAGAAACGACUGAUAUACACAUACCGCGGACGAAACCACCGUAUCCAUCUACAACUUUGGGAUACAGCCGGUCAGGAGCGCUUUCGUUCGUUGACUACUGCCUUCUAUCGCGAUGCAAUGGGUUUCCUGCUCAUCUUUGAUUUGACUAACGAGAAAUCUUUCCUUGAAAUCAGUAAUUGGUUGGAGCAAUUACGUAUGCAUGCGUAUUCGGAGGAUCCGGAUGUGGUCUUAUGCGGUAAUAAAUGCGAUUUAGAGGCCGUACGUGCUGUCAGUCAUGAGCAAGUUCGUGCACUUUCGGAUCGCUAUAGCCUGCCAUACAUCGAGACAAGCGCUUGCACUGGUUUUAACAUAAGACAAGCCGUAGAAAUGUUGGUGGAACGUGUUAUGUUGCGUAUGGAGAAUGUAGCUACCAAUUCCGAAUUGUCACGAUUAAUGACGCAGACGCGUUGCAUGCCAAAUAUAAAUCUCCCGAGUAGUGGUGGGAAUACAGUGCGUUUGGGCUAUAGGGAUAUGGAGUUGACGGAGGAACAACAACGGAGUCGAAAUUGUAAAUGUUAAAAGAUGAAAUGCCAGUCAUAGGUCAUUCUAUUUUAACUCAAAGCUGUUUUGUACAAUAAUUUUAAUAAAUGUGUAUUUAAAUGUGU